AGUCGUUGGAUUAAGAUUAACCAAUCGGAAUCAACAGGAGGAGAGGCGACUGACAUAGUGAAUAGUUGAAGAGUCACGAGCGGCAUGAGUUUGAAAAUUAGGAAACUUGUGUGUUAAUGUAACACGAGAUAAGACGUAAAUGAGUGAAUGUCCUCAUUUGCCAACAUUACGCUCACAGACACUCGGACAUUAACUGACAGGAAACAAGGUGAAAAUAAUGUUUGUGUUGUGCACAGAGUGAGCGAAGUAGCUAAUAAAUGAACCGCUUGGUCUCUCAUAAUCAUGCUGCCGCUGCGGUCCAUGUACUGGGGGAUAAGGAGAGCUGCUGUGCCCACAGUCAGGACGAGCCGUGGAGCUCCACCCUACAGGCUCCUCUCCUCUACCUUUGAUGGAGUCCCAGCUGGACUGGCUGACGCUGACACCAUCUUUGCACUGUCAUCAGGUCACGGCAGGUGUGGAGUGGCAGUGGUUCGUGUCAGUGGUCCCGCCUCAGCCACAUCCCUGAAGUAUAUGGCUGGGUUCACACAGCGAAUGCCUCCUCCACGCACUGCCCUGUUACGCAGCAUCACAGACCCCCGCUCCAAAGAAGUGCUGGACCGUGGGCUUGUCCUGUGGUUCCCAGCUCCUCAUAGUUUCUCUGGAGAAGAUAGUGUGGAGUUCCAUAUCCACGGUGGUCCUGCUGUCAUUACUGCUGUCUUGCAGGCUCUAGGAAGUGUGCCUGGCUUGAGGCCUGCUGAAGCUGGGGAGUUCACGCGGAGGGCUUUUCAAGCAGGGAAACUCGGUUUAACGGAGGUUGAAGGGCUUGGGGAUCUGAUCCAUGCAGAGACAGAGGCCCAGAGGAGGCAGGCUCUUAGACAGAUGUCAGGCGAUUUGGGAUGCCUGUAUCAGGACUGGAGUGAUAGACUGAAACGGUGUUUAGCCCACGUCGAGGCCUUCAUAGACUUCAGUGAGGACGAGCUCAUUGAGGAUGGGGUCUUAAACCAUGUGGACAGGUCAGUGUGUGAUUUGCAAGCAGAGAUAAAGCGACACCUAAAGGACGAGAGACGGGGCGAGCGGCUUCGGAGCGGAGUCCAGGUGGUCAUCGCAGGAGCCACCAACGCGGGGAAAAGUAGCCUCCUUAACAAACUCUGUCAGAGACCUGCAGCCAUUGUGUCUCCCAUUGCUGGCACCACCAGAGAUGUUGUGGAGACAGCGCUGGACAUCGGUGGAUUCCCCGUCCUCCUGAGUGACACAGCUGGCCUCAGAGAGAGCACGGACCUGGUGGAGAGAGAGGGGGUCCGCCGUGCUCGGGAAAGGGUGGAGCAGGCUGAUCUGACUCUAGUGGUUGUGGACUCGGCUCAUCUCCCCUCUGAGGUAAACCAAGCCGUAGCGUUCCUUCAGGAAUACCUGAGGAGUGUGCUGCAGUCCCAGGAUCAGCCUGAGACAGACAGGUGUCUCCUGGUACUGAAUAAGACCGACCUACUGCCUGAGAAGCAGAGACAGAAGCUAGACAGGGAGCUGAGAGGUGUCUCUGGUCUCCCUCCUGUCUGUCUGGUCUCCUGCCAGACUGAUGAAGGACUGAAGGACUUCCUCACAGUACUGCACAGCAGUGUCAAGACUCUGUGUGGCGACCCUCUGUUUGGUGCCCCCACCCUGACACAGGCUCGCCACAGGGCCCACCUGCAGCAGUGUGUGGCGGCUCUGGCUCAAUAUCAGGGGUACCGUGACACUGACCUUGCUCUGGCAGCUGAAGGUGUGCGUUUAGCUGUCACCAGCCUGGGCCGGAUCACUGGACGGGUCGGGGCAGAGGAGAUCCUGGAUAUCAUCUUCAAAGACUUCUGCAUCGGAAAAUAAAUGAGUGAAAAAUUGACAGAUAUGUGAUUGUGGGCUGCUCUGAGAGGAAAAUUGCAUUCUUGCAAUCCCACAGUAUCAGAAAACAGGACUAAAAGGACGCAGCUUGGCAUUGCGCCAGGCUUCAAGGCACAGUUGGAGUUGAAAAAAACUCCUUGUGUUCUUGGCUGCAGAAUACAUCCAUUCCCAAGACACAAAAAUGUUUGUUUUCUGUUGAUGCUUUUUAUCAGGCUAAAAUAGUUUGAACAUGAUGACAGGUGCCUCAAAGGCCCAAUAUACCAAACAAGUGUUUGGCAAGCCUUGAGUCGUAAUAUGGAAAUAGCUUUCGCAAGCCUUUGAUAGGUGAAGAUUGGCCUCCUGGGUUGCAACAUAACAGCCAAGAUCUUUUAAAAUAUAACUUCCAAGGUCAUGGACUGAAAGUAUGGAUGUUUAUUUGUACCACAGGAAAAUUAUUAUUUUUUUACUUGUUUUUCAUGCAGGCAGUAACUUGACAGUCACAUUUAUUUAUUAUACAAAAAAGUUCUGAUGUUAAUGGUUAUUAUGCUGUUACAUGUUUCUGUGUUAUGUGUUACUCAGUGUGAAAUAAAUGGGAUAUUUUUGUAAGAAAUACAAAUUCUUAUUAAAAGGAGACCAA